AAUUCUUAUUUACAGCAAAUACGAGCGGCCACAGACUGGUGUUAACUCGGGAUUCUGCAGAUGAAACAUCUGCACGACGUGGAAUCAGUACUUCGGGUGACGAAGCUGAAGGUUGCCACGCCUCUACGCAAGGAAUGCAGUGGUUUCGUUGACGGCGUCUUCAAACAGAGAAACGCGGCGACUCGGAAAAUGAAACUCGCAUCACAAAUUGCAUGAAGCAGCAAUUAAUUUGUGCAGGUGAUGCUAUAAUGGCAGGCCUUGUCUCGUAUGUGAAGCGUUCUUCAGUCUCUCACCUCCUCCUUGCCAUCACUUUUUUUGUGUCUGGCUUGAUCAUCAAUCUCAUACAAGCCUUGCUGUACUGUGGACUUCGCCCCUUCAGCAAAUACUUAUACAGAAAAAUCAACUAUUAUGUCUGUUAUUCACUCUAUUGCCAGCUGGUGUUCAUGGCAGAAUGGUGGGCAUCGACAGAUCUGAUAAUUUACAUAGAUAAAGAAGAUCUAGAGCGAUACUAUGGCAAAGAACACGGGUUUCUUAUAAUGAAUCAUCGAUACGAAGUGGAUUGGCUCAUGGGAUGGGUUCUGUGUGAUCGAGUAAAUAUACUUGGAAACUGCAAAACAUAUGCUAAGAAGUCAAUUCAGUAUGUGCCAACGAUGGGUUGGGCAUGGAUGUUUGCAGAGAGUGUUUUUCUAGAAAGAAAUUGGGAGAAAGACAAAGAGACCAUAGGGAGGCAAAUAAAGGAACUCGUGGAGCAUCCUGAUCCUAUAUGGCUACUGUUGAUGGCUGAAGGCACUAGAUUUACAACAGAAAAACAUGAAGCAAGUAAAAAGUUUGCAGAAGAGAAAGGUCUGCCAAUAUUAAAGCAUCACCUUACACCUCGAACUAAGGGCUUUACCACCAGUUUGCCCUAUCUCCACGGGAAGUUUGGCGGUAUAUACGACGUUCAACUCUCAUUUAAACAGGGUGAAAAACCAACCAUAACGGACCUGCUGCUGGGAAAGAGGGUGCAGGCUCAUCUUUAUAUUAGCCGUAUUCCUUUGGACAAGGUUCCGGUAGAAGAAGAGGCAUGCGCACAGUGGCUAUACCAGCUGUAUCAAAAGAAGGAUCGGAUGACUGACAGUUUUUUCCGCACAGGAGACUUCUUUGCAGAGAGCGGCGUCGAGAAGAUCGAAGGUUAUCGCCUUCCUCGACGUUAUUACAGUCUGAUCAACACAGUAGCUUGGGGGUUUGUGGUGUUGGUCCCUAUAGUGUAUUACCUGCUACGAUUACUUACCUCAGGGUCCACCAUAUACAUCUCUGUAGGAAUUGGCAUCAUAGGCAUAUUUUCCUUGCUGUUAUCAAAAAUGAUUGGUAUGACAAAAAUCAGCAAAGCGUCAUCAUAUGGGAAAACUGCCACGACCCCAACAGAAACAAAGGACUCCCCAAGUGCCACCAAGAAGACUGAUUAAACAUCGCACAAAUCCCUUACUUUACUUGCCAAAAUUUAUUCCUGGGAUUAAGGGUUUUAAAAUUCUGCAGGUAAUGCCCAAGCAUUGUAAUAGAUUUAAUUAAUUUUGUGUCCUGUUAUCAUGAAAGAAGUUUUCUGUACUUAUUUCAUGUUGACGUUAGCCCAGAAAGCAACAGAAAUAUGCAUGCAAUGUUUGGGUUCCUGUUGGUGUUGGUAACAUUGACUAAUAUUAACUGCAUGAUUCAUCAUUUACAAACAAACAUUCAGAACUGAUAAAUUUUUCAGUGGAUUUCUUUCUUUUCUUACUGCAUGCAUAAGUUUAAGUAAUUGCAGCUAUAAUAAAUCACAUCUGAAUUUUGUGAUAAGCUGUUGGAAAUUUUUGUUUUAUUAUUUUGUUGUAGGUAGUAAUAAGAUGGUACAUUUCUCUUUUGCUGUGUUUAUGAAGACAGUAAUAGAUGUUUGGAUGUUUACGAAAUAUGACUUGGACUGGAAGUAAUCAUAUGUGGUCUAUUUUAAUUGAGGUUUGUUAAAAAAAAACUAAUAUUAAUUCCAAUAAAACAUUUAGUCAUUAUUCAGUCAAGGAAUAAAAUAUUUGUUAACCUUAUAAUGUGCACAAAAUAUUUAACACAGUAUUAAUGCAGUUAUGUAUUACAAUAACUUAAAUUGUCCAAGUUGUAAUAUAAAGAAGUUGUUAUUUUUGUACAAAAUGUUAUGACAAAAAUAUUUUGCUCGUACCCUACACUCUGCGAGACUGUAAUAAAAUUACGGUUUGGAGAAAGAA